ACAGAUUAAAAAAAAAAUGGGUUGCCUGCCUGCUGAUGUACAAUUUUGACAGAGUCAACACAGCUCCUCCGCAGGCCAACCACCGUGUAACGGCAGUGUAGCGUUAAAUGACACUGCAACCGGGAAAGGGUAGUAUCUCUAAGCUAACAACGCAGUUAUGAACAGCCAACCAUGGGCCUCCGGGUGACCUGACAGCAUAAAUCGCCGAGUUGCCGUUCAGCUUGCAGAUGAUGACCGAUAAAAUGAUGGAGAAAAGGAUGAAGACAUUCUCUUCUGGUUUUAUGUGUCUGGUGUUAGCAUGAGUGAAGUGGUUGUGUCUGUGGCCUCGCUGUGUGAAUUUGCUAAUUCUGACUGAUACCCUGGCUUUACGAUGUCCAUAAGGCAGAUGGCUGUUUAGCAAGAUCUGACUGAGGGUACUGCUCCUUGUCCAAAACAGCUAAGUGUGUGUGCCGGUGCUGUCAGCCAUGUUUUGGAAGUUUGACUUGCACACAUCUUCUCAUCUGGAGGCUUUGCUGGACAAGGAGGAUGUCACACUCAUUGAGCUUAUGGAUGAGGAAGAUGUGCUGCAGGAGUGCAAGGCUCAGAACAGGAGACUUCUCCUGUUCUUGUGCCAGGACCACUGCAUGCAGGAGCUGGUCUGUAUGAUUACUACAGAGCCCCCUGCUGGUAUAGAGGAGACCAAGCGCUUCAAGUAUCCAAAUAUAGCAUGUGAGCUGUUGACAUGUGAUGUGGGAGUGAUCAAUGAUAAGCUAGGUAAUGAGGAGUCUCUGCUGGAAACUCUGUAUGCCUUCCUGGAGCAGCCGUCCCCACUUAACCCCCUCCUUGCGUCUUUCUUCAGCAAGACAAUUGGGAACCUCAUCACACGGAAGACUGAGCAGGUGAUUAGCUUCCUGCGACGGAAGGAGGGAUUCCUUUCAUUGGUCCUGAAGCAUAUUGAUACAUCAGCCAUGAUGGAUGUGCUCCUACGACUUAUCAGCUGUGUGGAGCCACCCCCUCUAAGACUCGAGACUCUUACUUGGCUGAAUGACGAGAAGCUGGCCCAGAGACUCAUUGAGCUCAUUCACCCUGAGAGAGAUGAAGAGAGGCAGUCCAAUGCAUCUCAGACUUUAUGCGACAUCAUUCGUCUGAGCAGAGACCAGGCCAAUCAACUCCAAGAGAUUUCACAACCUGACCCUUUGCUGACUGUGCUGGAGUCGCAGGAGUGUGUGGAGCAGUUGUUGCAGAAUAUGUUCUCAGGAGAGAGGACUGAGAGCUGUAUUGUCAGUGGGAUUCAAGUACUUCUCACAUUGCUGGAAAUCAGGAGGCCUGUGGUGGAUGGUGUAAUGGAUGCUCAGGGAUUUGAGAGAAGUUACACUGUUAACAGCAGCAUUUUGUUGGCCAUCGAACCACACCUGAAACACUUCCACCAGCUACUUCUGGAGCCACCCAAGAGAAAUCCUAUGCUGACUACUCUGGGUUUGCUGGAGGAACCACUGGGGAAUACACGACUGCACGUAGCCAGACUAGUCGCCUCUCUGCUGUAUACCAGCUCUGCUAGCCAUGCAGUCGUAGCACAAGAACUCUGCAGGCUCAAUACAAUGGACCUCCUUCUGGACUUGUUCUUCAAGUACACAUGGAACAACUUCCUGCACCUCCAAGUGGAGCUUUGCGUUGCUGCCAUCCUCCGGCCCUGUGCCCAUGAAAUGAGACUUCAGCCUGGCUUGGGAUCCCAGGACAAAUUCAAGCCUCAAAAGGAUGCAUCGCAAGAGCAGGAUUUGACUGAGACUCCAACUUCUGAACCUUCAGUCACCCCUGAAAACUCUGCCCAUAACUUACUGGUGACUCAUUUGUUUCAGCACUGCCACCUUGUCCAGAGAAUUCUAGAGGCUUGGGAAGAGAAUGAUAAAAUACAAUCAGAAGGUGGUAUGAGAAGAGGGUACAUGGGACAUCUGACCAGGAUUGCCAACACAGUCGUCCACAACCUGGAGAAGGGCCCGGUUCACACACAGAUUAGUAGCCUCAUCACAGAGCUGCCAGAAGACUGUAGAGGGCGCUGGGAAACCUUUGUGGACCAGACUCUGUCGGAGACCAAUAGGAAGAACACCAUAGACCUGGUUGGCACAGGAAACCCACGUCCUUCCUCAGAGGAUGAUAUGGAGAGCCCCUUCCCUAAGGAACUGACAAUACAGCAGGCCUUUUCAGACUACCAGAUUCAGCAGAUGACGGCUAACUUUGUGGAUCAGUUUGGCUUCAAUGAUGAGGAGUUUACUGAUCACGACGACAGCAUUGGGGCGACAUUUGACCGGAUUGCAGAGAUAAAUAUCAACAUUGACGCAGGCCAGGACAGUGCUAACACAGCUGUGUUUGAGGCCUGUUCCAAGGAGAGGAUUCAGCCCUUCGAUGAUGACGAAGAGGACAUUUGGGAGGAGAAAGAGAUCAACUAUGCAACACAAACCAAGUCCCGGAACAGGUUUGGUGGGUCACAGUCCUCCCAGAGCCCGUCAGACAGUAAGGCCUGUGAUAGGACAGCAACUUCUGGCUCUGAGGGCUCUGACAGAGGAGCAGACUCAGACUCAGAAGGAGAGGAGCCCAGUGAUAGCCUGGAUCCUUUCUCAAGCCAGGGCCAGGCUGAGGCAACAAAGAACACUGGCUGGAUAGCAGACUUUGGGGAGGUGAACUCAAAGGCACCUGCUGCAGGAGUGGGCUUUUCAGCGUGGGACACUCCAGUCUCCCAACCAGCUGCCACCGAUGCAGAGGAGAAAGGGUGGGCCAAGUUCACCGACUUCCAGCCUUUCUGUUGCUCUGAAACAGGCCCUAGAUGCAGUUCCCCCGUGGACUCGGAGCUCAGCGGAUCAGACAACACCAAACCAAACCAGAACCCGUGUGUGUGGAGUGUGUGUGUAGCAAGAAAAGCCCCACUGGUGGCAUCAGACAGCUCUUCCUCCAGCAGCUCGGACAGCGAUGAGGAGGAAGGCAAGACAGAGUCUACAUCCAGUGAGGCAGUCACCACAGAGACCAUCACCACUGGUGCUGGCAAGGAGACCAUCCGGCUCACCGUGGAUGCUAAAAAUGAGAGGGCAGUCUUCACCAGAGUAUUCAGACCAGCAGUCAGACGCGAAGCGGUUAAGGUGCCAAUAGAGGGGCUCUCCAUAAAAGACAAAGGGAAAGGCAAUGAGAAAGAAAGUGAAAAAGGAAAGAAACAUGGAGACUGUCCCAGCCCAACUACUGCCAGUCCAUCUAACCAGUCAGCUGCUGUCGCACAGUAAAGAGACGCAGCCCUCUGCUAAUGGACCGGCCUAAUGAUGUGAAACAGGGACACGCACACACACGCAGACACACAUACACACACGCGCGCUUAUCACCAGUUCAUUCAACACACAGCCAUGCCACCUUCGCUUCCUGUUAGCAGCUCUUCAAUGCUCUUUUUGUGUCUGAAGAAUGGGAGAUCCUUAAUGUGUCAGACGGCCCUUAACAGUAUGUAUGUUGGAUGCCACAAAUCUACAUGUGGGCUCUUGUUGUCUCUCCUGCACCUUGUGACUCAAUUAAUUAAAUCUGAUCCGCUUCAAAGGAGAAUGUGUGUUUUAAAGAGCAUUUCAUCAAGCCAAAUUGUGUUCCAUAUGAACUAUUUUUAGGUGUAAUUUUUCCCAUUGAACCUGGGAAAGUAAAAUACUUUUACCUGUUGUGAUGAGCAGAGGUGACACCGAGUGUCUGAUUGCCAGCUGUGGCACUUUAAUCUAAAGAAAACAAACACAUCAGUCUGAAACUUGAAUCUUUCAUUAAAUUCAGCAUCAGAAUUUCAGAUUGUUUGAGCUGGUCUGCUCUCUGGGCAUUAAAUCACAGCCCAAUAAAUUUUUCUAGCAAAGCAUUUGACUGUUUACACUUUAGUGAAGAAAAAUUGUAUUCAGAUAAUCAGCCAAGAUUACAAAAGCCAAGAUGCUUGCAAAGCUAGCUGCCAUUUUGUCUUCAGCAUUUCAAUGUACAUGCCAGGCAGACGGUUUAUUACUGCAAAUGUGUGAGUGAUUAUAUUUUGGCUUUUUUUUUUUUUUUUUUUUUCAUACAUCCUACCUGAACAUUUUUCAGCCCAAAUAAGAUUUCUUUGCUUUUAUCAUGUGGAACAUAAAUGCUCUCUUUUUGUUGAUUUGGGAGCAUCACGUGUCACUUCCUCCUCAAACCGCUCACAGGUUCAUGUAGUUUAGAGGUGUGUGUGUUGUUGUAUCCGUGUGUGCUUUUACAUCUAUCUUUGUGAGGACCAAUUUUUGGUUGGUCUGCACAACUUUAAAAGGCAGUUUUAGGGACAAGACUUGGUUUUAGGUUUCAGGUUAGAAUUGGGUUAAAGUCAGGGUGAAGGUUUGGCAUUCAGUUUUGAUGGUUAAGGUUAGAGUGAGGGGCUAGGUCAUGCAUUAUGUCAAUGACUGUCCUCACAAAGACAGGUACAAGAGUGUGUGUGUGUGUGUGUGUGUGUGUGUGUGUGUGUGUGUGUGUGUGUGUGUGUGUGUGUGUGUGUGUGUGUGUGUGUGUGUGUGUGUGUGUGUGUGUGUGUGUGUGUUGGAGCUCUGUCUAAGGUACGGAGUGCAUUCUCAGGUCAAAGGAGAGGUAUGCAGAUACAAAGAAAGCACACCUGUGUAUCACACACACACACACACACACACACACACACACACACACACACACACACAGACAGUGACAUACACACGGAUAUUCACAAUUAUAUCUAUACACACGAAAAAAAAAAAAAUCCCAACAAGACACAGUGAUGUGCACAUACCAAUUCAUAUCACCCUCAGAGCUGUUUAAAUGUAAUAUUGUGAAAUUUGAACCUGUAUUAGGUUGUGGCUAUUCUUGGUAAUAUGUAAACGUAAUAUAAAUGUAAACAGUAUAUAUAAACAUUAUAUCUAUUUUUGGAAUAAAUCCAAUGUAUGGGAAGGCGGUUGUUUUGCAGGUUGCAACGUGUGUAUUGUAUGUGUGUGUUGUACUGUUGAAAUGAGGCAAUAAUGAUGUCUGUGUUUCGGUUAAUAGCCCAGCAUCAGUUCCUGUUCCUCUGCUACAUGCUUCCUACACGGAGGUUUGGAAGUGUGCGCGUGAGCAUGAAUGUGAGUCUGCAGUAUGUCUUCCGUAUUAUUUACUUAAAGGAUUAUUCCAGUUUGUUACAACUUCAGCCUUUUCUUUUCUUUUUUCAGUCAUUGGUUUUAAACAAUCUACCCUGUUAACCAAUUUUAUUGUUAUUUUAACAUAACGUUAAAAUAAUACUGAAACUGACCAUCAUAAAGGUUCAUCACAUUUUAGACCAAAACAAAUAGUCUAUAUUAGUGUAACUAUUUUGAUAAUCGAUUAAUCAUUAAAGUAAGUUUUCAGUCAAAAAUACAAAACAUUGCUUAGUUUCAGCUUUUUUAAUGAGAGAAUUUGGAAUUUUUCUGUGUCUGAUGUGAUAAUACACUGAAUAUCUUUGGGUUUUGGAUUGUUGGUUAAAACAAGCUAUUUCUUUUCAUUUGUGAGGAACAUUUUUCAUUAUGUCCUGAGUUUAUAAACUGUCCAGACAAUGAAUCAGUUAAUCCCCCAAAAAAUGCUUCUCAGAAACAAACAAAAGUUAUGUUUACAGUCAGUGUUUCUCACUAACACGCAUUGUUUAUCCUUGAACUCUAACAAAUGUGUUGAAUGCAUUUCCACCCCCACCCCAAAGCAAUGCAGAUAUUUUAAAUCCAGCAUUGUUUACAUUUACAAAACCUGUCUGAUUGUCUGACAGCUCAUCUCUCUCACUCCAUCAGGCUUCAUAGUAUUUACACAAUCUAAUCAAAACCAACAGAAAUCAUGGCCAAAACUACAAAAAAAUGACCCAAGUUGUAAGAAAC